AUGCCUGCCCUCAAGCAGAGAAAAGUCGCCAUCGUCGGCAGUCGAUCCGUCGGCAAAUCCUCCCUCGCCGUGCAGUUCGUCGACGGCCACUUCGUCGACAGCUACUACCCCACGAUCGAAAACACGUUCAGCAAGACAAUCCAGUAUAAGGGCCAGGAUUAUGCGACUGAGAUCGUCGACACGGCAGGACAGGACGAAUACAGCAUCCUCAACUCGAAGCACUUCAUCGGCAUCCACGGCUACAUGCUCGUCUACUCGGUCUCGUCCCUCCCGUCGUUUGAGAUGGUUCAGGUCGUCCGAGAGAAAAUUCUCAAUCAUCUAGGUACUGAGUCCGUUCCCAUCGUCAUAGUAGGUAACAAGAGCGAUCUCCGACCAGAGCAGCGCCAGGUCAGCCCCGAGGAGGGCAAGAAACUAGCAGAAAAGUUCGACUGCGGCUGGACCGAGGCCAGCGCGCGCUACAACCAAAACGUCGGCCGCGCCUUUGAGCUGCUGAUUGCGCAGAUUGAGAAGUCCCAGAACCCUGGAGAGCCUCCUGCUAAGAGCAAUUGCCGCGUCAUGUAG